AAUAUUAAAAAAAAAAUAUGAAGUUAAUUAUAUUUACAAUUAUAUGUAUAUUUAUGGUAACAACAUGUUUCGCACAGACUCAACCAGCCAAUACAAUCAACGCAUUUAAUAACACCUCAAUGCCUGCUAAUUUUUCCAGUAUAACAAAUGCAACGAUUGUCCAUAAUACCGCAACAAAUCAAACAUACUUAUUGCUACCAGCAAAUGAUGCCAAUUUCACUGCCUUACAACAACAAUUUGGCAAUAAUACUCCACAAUUUAUCCAAAAUAACACAGUGAUUUUAAUUCCAUUUAAUGUAACACAACAUCCAAAUAUUAGCGAACAAUUCCCAUCGGUGGUGAAUCGAACCUAUAUCCUGAAUAUGACAUCGUACGAUCAACGGCCAAAUCAAUCUACGAUGCCUGGAAACACAAAUAAUCCAGGAAUGCCAUCAGUUCCAUCACCACCGAUGUAUCCACCACGAGGAGAUACUGGAAAUACACAAGGAAAUUAUGGAUUUGUUGUUCCAACAGGAAAUAAUCCAACAUCGAAUCAUCCAAAUAAUCCGAAUAUUCCAAGUAGUAAUAUGCCACCAAAAAAUACACCAAAUAGCAAUAUUCAACAUAUCAAUAAUCCAGGACAACAACCGAAUCAUCCAAAUAGUAAUUCGGGACAUCAACCAAAUACAACUUCCCAAAAUAAAAAUUCUGGUACAAAUUUAAAAUCUUCGUUAAUUUAUAUUGUGAUUUUGGAAAUCUUUAUUGGUUAUUUAUUAUUCUAAGUAUGUCGAAAACGAAUAAAAACGAUCUUAAUUUUUUGGAAUUUUUAACCGCACUCUAUCAUGUAAAUAGCCUCAAAGGUCUUGGAAAAUGGAUAAAAUAGUUUUCGGUAAAGUUUUGCUAAAUGUGAAAUUUUAAUUU